AUGUCAAAACAGGUUCUCUUUAGCCAGGCAUACACCUACUUCCUUCGGUACCAGAGCGACAGGCCAGCCAUCAAGUCCUUCGUCGUGUACAUUCUGGUACUGGAGACGAUUAGUGCGGUUAUCACCAUCCUUAUCAUCUACCAGCCUUUGGUAGUCGAUUUCGGUCGAGAGUCUGUGCUGACAGAAUUGCCUGUCGGUCUGGUGGCAGAGCCUGCUGUCGUGGUCUUAAUUGCCACGCCCACCCACUUCUUUGUCGCAAAACGGAUCCAGGGACUCCAGAGAUCAAUUUGGAUCCCGCUCCUCAUCUGCAUCGUCUCUGUGAUCUCCUUCACUGGAGGUAUCUGGGCUUCAGUCGCAACAGGACGGUUCGGAAGAUACUCGGAUCGAUACCCAGUUGACAUGUACGCGCCCGCUAUGCUCUGGAUGGUAUCUGCGGCAAUAGCAGAUAGUCUGAUCGCUGCGACACUCUCUUGGAGUUUGUAUACACGACGGACAGGCUUCCGUUCAACUGAUGCCGUCAUUGGGCGUAUUAUUCUGUGUCAGAUCCGCUACAUUGCUCCCACUGAAUGGCUUGCUAACCUCGACAAAUUUACCAUGUAG